CGGCGGCGGAGGGAGAUGAGGAGAUAGGCGGGAGCGAGGGAGCGGAGGAGCGCAGGAGGACGAGAGGAGUGGAGCGGCGCGGGGAGGGCGCGCAGCUUGGUUGCUCCGUAGUACGGCGGCUCGCGAGGGAGCAUCCCGAGCGGGUCCGGGACGGCCGGGAGACAGGCGACCGGGCGGGGAUGGUGUGCGCGGCUGCGGACCCUGCGUUCCUCCGCGCGGCGUGCGGGCUGCACUGAUUUGUGAGGGGCGGCCGCGCGCACCCGCCCGGAGAUGAGGUUCCCUGGGAACCAAGGAGAACUGAGGAGUGAAUGGGCAUUUGAAGGACUCAGGCAUAUGGGCGUCAAUUAGCAAGGUAAACGUAACAGAACCAUGGCUCAGUUUCCGACACCUUUUGGUGGGAGCCUAGAUAUCUGGGCUAUAACUGUGGAGGAAAGAGCCAAGCAUGACCAGCAGUUCCAUAGUUUGAAGCCGAUAUCUGGAUUCAUUACUGGUGAUCAAGCAAGGAAUUUUUUUUUCCAAUCUGGGUUACCUCAGCCUGUUUUAGCACAAAUAUGGGCACUAGCGGACAUGAAUAAUGAUGGAAGAAUGGAUCAAGUGGAGUUUUCCAUAGCCAUGAAACUUAUCAAACUGAAGCUACAAGGAUAUCAGCUCCCCUCUGCACUGCCCCCUGUCAUGAAACAGCAGCCAGUCGCUAUGUCUAGUGCACCAGCAUUUGGUAUAGGAGGAAUUGCUAGCAUGCCACCACUUACUGCUGUUGCUCCAGUGCCAAUGGGCUCCAUCCCAGUUGUUGGAAUGUCUCCACCCUUAGUAUCGUCUGUCCCUCCAGCAGCAGUGCCUCCCCUGGCUAAUGGGGCCCCUCCUGUCAUACAGCCUCUGCCUGCAUUUGCUCAUCCUGCAGCCACAUUGCCAAAGAGUUCUUCCUUCAGCAGAUCUGGUCCAGGGUCACAAUUAAACACUAAAUUACAGAAGGCACAAUCAUUUGAUGUAGCCAGUGCCCCUCCAGCGGCAGAAUGGGCUGUGCCCCAGUCAUCAAGACUGAAAUACAGGCAGCUGUUCAACAGCCACGACAAAACCAUGAGUGGACACCUGACAGGUCCCCAGGCAAGAACUAUUCUCAUGCAAUCAAGUUUACCCCAGGCUCAGCUGGCAUCAAUAUGGAAUCUUUCUGACAUUGAUCAAGAUGGAAAACUCACAGCAGAAGAAUUUAUCCUGGCUAUGCACCUAAUUGAUGUUGCCAUGUCUGGUCAACCACUGCCGCCUGUCCUGCCUCCAGAAUACAUCCCUCCUUCCUUUAGAAGAGUCCGCUCUGGCAGUGGGAUGUCCGUCCUGAGCUCUUCAUCUGUGGAUCAGAGGCUGCCCGAGGAGCCGGCGUCAGAGGAGGAGCAGCAGUUAGAAAAGAAGCUGCCUGUAACAUUUGAAGAUAAGAAGCGCGAGAAUUUUGAGCGUGGCAAUCUGGAACUGGAGAAGCGCCGGCAGGCCCUCUUGGAGCAGCAGCGCAAAGAGCAGGAGCGUUUGGCUCAGUUGGAGCGUGCCGAGCAGGAGAGAAAAGAGCGGGAGCGCCAGGAGCAGGAGCGCAAAAGACAGCUGGAGCUAGAGAAGCAGCUAGAAAAGCAGCGGGAGCUGGAGCGGCAGAGAGAGGAGGAGAGAAGGAAAGAAAUCGAGAGGCGAGAGGCCGCGAAGCGGGAGCUUGAACGGCAGCGGCAACUUGAAUGGGAGCGCAACCGGAGACAGGAGCUCCUGAGCCAGAGGAACAAAGAGCAGGAGGGCAGCGUGGUCCUCAAGGCCAGGAGGAAGACCCUGGAGUUUGAGCUGGAAGCCCUGAACGACAAAAAGCAUCAACUAGAAGGAAAACUUCAAGAUAUCAGGUGCCGGCUGACAACCCAAAGGCAGGAAAUUGAGAGCACAAACAAGUCUAGAGAGCUGAGAAUUGCGGAGAUCACCCACUUACAGCAACAGUUACAGGAGUCUCAGCAAAUGCUUGGAAGACUUAUUCCAGAGAAACAGAUACUCAAUGACCAAUUAAAACAAGUUCAGCAGAACAGUUUGCAUAGAGAUUCGCUCCUCACCCUCAAAAGAGCCUUGGAAGCAAAAGAGCUGGCUCGGCAGCAGCUUCGAGAGCAGUUGGACGAGGUGGAGAGGGAGACCAGGUCGAAGCUGCAGGAGAUUGAUGUUUUCAACAACCAGCUGAAGGAACUAAGAGAAAUACAUAGUAAGCAGCAGCUCCAGAAGCAGAGGUCCAUGGAGGCAGAGCGGCUGAAACAAAAAGAGCACGAGCGGAAAAGCCUAGAGUUAGAAAAGCAAAAGGAAGACGCUCAAAGCUGUGUUCAGGGAAGGGACAGGCAGUGGCUGGAGCACGUGCAGCAGGAAGAGCAACUGCGGCCCCGGAAAUCACACGAGGAGAGCAAACUGAAAAGGGAAGACAGUGUCAGAACGAAGGAGGGCGAAGAGAGAGCCAAACCAGAAGUACAAGACAAGCCGGGUCGGCUUUUCCAUCCACACCAAGAGGCAGCUAAGCCAGCUGUCCAGGCACCCUGGUCUAGCACAGAGAAAGGUCCGAUUACAAUUUCUGCACAGGAGAAUGUGAAAGUGGUGUAUUACCGAGCACUGUACCCCUUCGAAUCUAGAAGUCACGAUGAAAUCACCAUCCAGCCAGGAGAUAUAGUCAUGGUUAAAGGGGAAUGGGUGGAUGAAAGCCAAACUGGAGAACCAGGAUGGCUUGGAGGAGAAUUAAAAGGAAAAACAGGAUGGUUCCCUGCAAACUAUGCAGAGAAGAUUCCAGAAAAUGAGGUUCCCACUGCAGCCAAACCAGUGACCGAUCUGACAACUGCCCCUGCCCCCAAACUGGCUCUGCGUGAGGCCCCUGCUCCUUUGCCAGUGACCUCUUCUGAGCCCUCUACAACCCCCAACAACUGGGCAGACUUCAGUGCCACGUGGCCCAGCAGCACAAAUGAGAAACCAGAAACAGAUAACUGGGAUGCGUGGGCAGCGCAGCCUUCUCUUACUGUUCCCAGUGCUGGCCAGUUAAGGCAGAGAUCGGCCUUCACUCCCGCCACAGCCACUGGCUCCUCCCCAUCUCCCGUCCUGGGCCAGGGUGAAAAAGUGGAAGGGCUGCAAGCGCAAGCCCUGUAUCCUUGGAGAGCCAAAAAAGACAACCACCUAAAUUUUAACAAAAACGACGUCAUCACCGUUCUGGAGCAGCAAGACAUGUGGUGGUUUGGAGAAGUUCAAGGUCAGAAGGGUUGGUUCCCCAAGUCUUACGUGAAACUCAUUUCAGGGCCCGUAAGGAAAUCCACAAGCAUCGACUCUGGCCCCACUGAAAGUCCUGCCAGCCUAAAGCGAGUGGCUUCCCCAGCAGCCAAAGCAGCCAUCCCUGGAGAAGAAUUUAUUGCCAUGUACACUUACGAGAGUUCUGAGCAAGGAGAUUUAACCUUUCAGCAAGGGGAUGUGAUUUUGGUUACCAAGAAAGAUGGUGACUGGUGGACAGGAGCAGUGGGCGACAAGUCCGGAGUCUUCCCUUCUAACUAUGUGAGGCUUAAAGAUUCAGAGGGCUCUGGAACUGCUGGGAAAACAGGGAGUUUAGGAAAAAAACCUGAAAUUGCCCAAGUUAUUGCUUCCUACACAGCUACUGGUCCCGAACAACUCACCCUGGCUCCUGGUCAGCUGAUUUUGAUCCGAAAAAAGAACCCAGGUGGAUGGUGGGAAGGAGAGCUGCAAGCUCGAGGGAAAAAGCGCCAGAUAGGCUGGUUUCCAGCAAAUUAUGUCAAACUUCUAAGUCCUGGAACGAGCAAAAUCACCCCGACUGAGCUACCCAAGUGUGCAGCGCUGCCUGCAGUGUGCCAGGUGAUCGGGAUGUACGACUACACCGCACAGAACGACGACGAGCUGGCCUUCAGCAAGGGCCAGAUCAUCAACGUCCUCAACAAGGAGGACCCCGACUGGUGGAAAGGAGAAGUCAAUGGGCAAGUUGGGCUCUUCCCAUCCAAUUACGUGAAGCUCACCACAGACAUGGACCCGAGCCAGCAAUGGUGCUCAGACUUACAUCUCUUAGAUAUGUUGACCCCAACAGAGAGGAAGCGACAAGGCUACAUCCACGAACUCAUUGUCACAGAGGAGAACUAUGUGAAUGACCUGCAGCUGGUCACAGAGAUUUUUCAGAAACCCCUAAUGGAGUCUGAGCUGCUGACAGAAAAAGAGGUCGCUAUGAUCUUUGUUAACUGGAAGGAGCUGAUCAUGUGCAACAUCAAACUCCUGAAAGCGCUGAGAGUCCGCAAGAAGAUGUCGGGAGAGAAGAUGCCGGUGAAGAUGAUCGGGGACAUUCUGAGCGCGCAGCUGCCGCACAUGCAGCCCUACAUCCGCUUCUGCAGCUGCCAGCUCAACGGCGCUGCCCUCAUCCAGCAGAAGACGGACGAGGCCCCGGACUUCAAGGAGUUCGUCAAAAGACUCGCCAUGGACCCCAGGUGCAAAGGAAUGCCACUGUCUAGCUUCAUACUGAAGCCUAUGCAGCGCGUCACGAGAUACCCGCUGAUCAUUAAAAACAUCCUGGAAAACACUCCUGAGAACCACCCCGACCACAGCCACCUGAAGCACGCCCUGGAAAAGGCGGAAGAGCUCUGCUCGCAGGUGAAUGAGGGGGUUCGAGAGAAGGAGAACUCGGACCGGCUGGAGUGGAUCCAAGCCCACGUGCAGUGCGAAGGCCUGUCUGAGCAACUGGUGUUCAAUUCGGUGACCAACUGCUUGGGGCCACGCAAGUUUCUGCACAGUGGGAAGCUCUACAAGGCCAAGAGCAGCAAGGAGCUGUACGGCUUCCUCUUCAACGACUUCCUCCUGCUGACCCAAGUCACAAAGCCCUUAGGCUCUUCUGGCACCGACAAAGUCUUCAGCCCCAAAUCUAACCUGCAGUAUAAAAUGUACAAAACGCCCAUUUUCUUAAAUGAAGUCCUGGUAAAACUGCCCACCGACCCUUCUGGAGACGAACCCAUCUUUCACAUUUCCCACAUCGACCGAGUCUAUACCCUCCGAGCAGAAAGCAUCAAUGAAAGGACUGCCUGGGUACAGAAGAUCAAGGCUGCCUCUGAGCUCUACAUAGAGACGGAGAAAAAGAAGCGAGAGAAGGCAUACCUGGUGCGUUCCCAGCGGGCCACCGGCAUCGGAAGGCUGAUGGUGAACGUGGUAGAGGGCAUCGAGCUGAAACCCUGCCGGUCGCACGGGAAGAGCAACCCAUACUGCGAGGUGACCAUGGGCUCUCAGUGCCACAUCACCAAGACAAUCCAGGACACGCUGAACCCCAGGUGGAACUCCAACUGCCAGUUCUUCAUCCGGGACCUGGAGCAGGAAGUCCUUUGCAUCACCGUGUUCGAGAGAGAUCAGUUCUCUCCUGACGAUUUUUUGGGUAGAACAGAGAUCCGAGUGGCUGACAUCAAGAAAGACCAGGGCUCCAAGGGGCCAGUUACCAAGUGUCUCCUGCUGCACGAGGUCCCCACGGGAGAGAUUGUUGUCCGCCUUGACCUGCAGCUGUUUGAUGAGCCAUAGCAGCCCUAGGACGACCGUAGAGGACUUCCUUCUCAAGGCCGCCCGUGCUGUCUGUGGUCAGCCAGGGGCAGCAGGCCAGCAAAGACGAAGCCUCUCCAGGCUGCUAGGAGUAGUUUCCACAAUCCUGCCCUUCCAACCGUGCCCCGUUUUAUGAAUCCAAACCAUCUUUUCUUUUGUCCUCAUCAAAAGUCUCAUCAUGGCUUCUAGAGUCUCUGAAAUCCAUACUCUUCCACAGGCUCCAUCGGGAGCCUCGUUCUCUGGGCUGGAGGUGUGGGCCUGGUCACUAUAAAAUAGAUUUAUAAACGCAGUGACUGUAUUUUGUAGAACUUGUGCAGGUCCGUUUGUCACCUCUACGAGCCCCUUGCAGGCUAUUUGGCCCUUGAUGCCCCAUGUGUGGUGUGUUUAGUCCGAUUGUGAUGAAAUUGUUGCUGCUGGGGAGCCCAGCUCCCCCUGGGAAAUGGGGCUCUGGAUUGAGUGCUCAGCACAACGGCUCCCGAGCAGGCACCGACUUAAGUCUCUGGAGAGCUGUUAAUACAAGGUUCUCACGUGUGCCCUUAGAGCUUUGACUUGAUUAAUGUCUGUUAGAGAAACCAUGCUGGCGAUUCCACUCCAGUUCCAGGUGUGCUUGGAGGAUGGUCCUAAAGCUCAUUAUAUCCAUGAGGUUCUGUCCUGAUGAGUGAGAUCCACCAUGGUUCACUGGGAAGGCUCCGUGGCUCUGGGAUGGUUGGCAGCUAUUGUCAGGACAUCCUCUUUGGCCUUGGAGACCCUGGGAUGUUCCCUAAGGAGUCCAGUGACCAGCCCUGAGGGGAUUCCCUGCUUGGGUGACUGCUGUGGGACAUUUCAAUAGCAGUCUUUAGUGGUCCCCCCCAGGAAGUCACGCCGUAGAUGGAUGAAGUCUGAAAAAGAAAGGAGUCAAGAUGGAGCGGGGGCAGGGUGGUGGGGAGGGGCAGUGGGACCAGAGGCCAAGCUUUCCGUCAGAGUGCUUCAGGCUUCCUUUCCCUUAAAUGCUGAGAGAUAGGUUGGUUAACUAGAGAAUGACGUGACUUGCUGAUGAAAAGUUUGGGCUGAGUUUUGUUCCCAUGCUUGUAUUCCCAGUCUGUGGUCAUAUGUGUUCUCUGCAUGUCUCUGGUGUCUGGAGUUAGGCUUUCCUGCGUUCGGUGGCAGUCUUUCUCAUUGCAGGUCCUCAGAAGCAAGCUAGACUCCGGAAGUACUCUCUAAAUGGUAGUGUCUCAUGACAGAAUAGCUGCUCUGCUGGAAACCAGUAUGGCGCUGCCCUCUCCAUGAAUGUGCUUCAAGCGGUUUUCAAAAAGCAUAUGUGGGAAAGGACAACAAAGUUUACAUUCCAUACUGCUGAGAAACAUUUAUUGAGGCUAGUGUUGACUUUUGUAUCAAGAACAACAGACAUACCUAUUUUUUUGAAACAAGCCAAUAAACCUUUCAGUUAGCAGCUUUCAACUGAACAUGAGAUAGACUUAGUUCAGCGUCAGGCAUGGCUUUCCACUUCCCUGCAGAAAACACUGUCAAAACGCUUGACGCUCAUGUUUCUGAUGUUAAGGAACUGUUUCAAAUGAAGCCUAUAAAUAGAUCCAUGAGCAUACUUCCCUCUCUCUAUAACCAGGAGGCUGUGUUCAGCGUAUUGCUGAGGCACAUGUUCCCAUAGCACCCAGUGUGCAAAUGGCCACCAUUCCAACACUUUUCUUCUUGCCCCUUCCCCCCCUUCAUCCCUUUCAUGUUGGCCGUGAACAGGAUGAUGAGCCCUGUAGGUUCUAGGUUACCUACUCGCAGAACCCCAUGGUUGCAGCAUGCAAAUGCAGUCUGUGAGUCUCUUCCCCAGGGGACGCUACUGGGGUGGUCCUGGGGGUUGACAUGUAUGGAUUAGUGUCCCUUUAGCUUCUACUGUCGUUUGUUGUGAUUGAUUGUACUUCCGGGGAAGUCGGCUGACCUCAGACCCAGCUGUGACUUAAGGAGACAGAGUUCUGCGUCAUCCGCAGGUGGUGCACGGCGCCUCAAACCCUGGGCUCUCUGCUCCUUCCUUACUACCUUUUCAACAGUCAGGCUCCAUCUCCUACAAAGCGGCAUGUCCUUGCUAACAGGAAUCUGAAUGCCAGCUGUCUGCUUCGUAAGUGCUUGCCCAGGCAGUGCUGCCUGGCAUGCAGAUACCGGCCCCUCAGACACCCGCUGAAGGCAUUCCUCGUCUGUGAGCCACACUGCCAGUACCUUCUGCACCCUGCCCUCCUCUCACUCAGGACGGGGCUCUCCUGGGGUGUGGCUAUGCCCUGUCCCUCAGCCACCCCUGAGGACUAUUCUUGAGGGUUCUGAGGACAGAAGUCCCUGGGUUGGGCUUCCUUGGUGGAACUCUAGUCCCAAAGGGUCAGUCCUGGUCUCUGAAGCAUGGCUGUCUCCUCUGACAGGUGGGACCAGAUUUGCUGUGUCCACAAGAGUUUGGAGACAUAUGUAAUUUGUUCAGGUCCAGGUUAGCCCUUGCUGGUACAGAGAGAACUUUCUAGGUAGCACUCACCAGGCAUGCUACAGAGACUGGGCAAGGAUGCUGUGUUCAACUCUCUGUAAUGGUAUGCCUCUAUCUGUGGACCGAAAACAAGAAAGCUCUCUUUCUAAAGAAUAUUCAUGGAAAAUGGGGAUUUUUUUUUUCUUCCUUGCUUUGAGACAGGACCUGACUGCAUGGCCCAAGAUAGCUUUAAACUUAGCAUCCUCCUGUCUCAGCCUCCUACAUGCUAGAAUUUCAUGUGUGUGGCCACUAUGCUCGGCUGUCUUCACUUUUAUAAACAAAAGUAUAUGGAAGGGUUGGCUUUUGCCAGGGCCAAUUGACCUGAACUUAACUGGGGGAAAAAUCCCAAGAAAAGGUGGAUCAGUGGAGCACCCACACUGCCUGUUACCUUGACUUGGUGCCCACAUGGAGGUGUGUCAGAGGUCCAGGGCUUCCUAGGUGGGGCAGCAGCUACCUUCCCAAGAGGCGGCUAGACAGGAGUCGAGCUAGUGACCCUAUACAGUCCAGGUGUUCUAGGAUUCCAUGAAUCGGGAAUCAAGGGCAAAUGGACAGAGCUCUCUGGCUUCAUUUAAAAGCUGAAGUACCUGAGCUAGCUGAGACAGAAUCUGCUUACCAAGGGAUUUUGUUUUUAUACCUGUUCAGGCCUUUUUGAUUCCUAGGAAGAAGCCAAGAGUGUGAUGGAUUCUUUUAUUCUGCCUUUCCUUCCAGGAUCCAGAUUGCUAGAGCUGGUGCCAUCUCUUCUUCCUUCUGCUCCUCCUCCUCCCUGGAGCAGCCCCAUGGGAUAAAAUUCUUGUAUUUUUUUCUUUGUUUCCAUCAUUCUCUCCAGAGACACAUGGAAGAUAGCAAUUCUGGGAAGGCUGUAUUGGCCAGGCUUAUGUGCUGGGACAGAAUUGGGGGACAGAGGCUGGCCUAUGUGAGCGGUAGGAAUUUCUUUGGAAGAGCCCAACCUUGCUAGAUUAGUGAGCAACACUGGGAGUCCCAACUUGGCUGCUAAGGCACUAAUCUGCCCAGCCCCUGCACUCCUGUGCACAGUUCCCUAAGGAGGGCCAGGGCUUGACCUUCUCCCAACUACAUUGAUUGUCUACCUGCCUAGGGUCCCUGUUCUUCAAGAGGCCAGGGAUGUGAGUGCCAUAGGGCCAAGGUAAUGCUGCAAAACAGAAGGCAAAAGGAGCAGACUGUGAAAGGAUAGGUGAGGGCUGCUUGGAGGGUAAGGGCCCACUCACUGCCUCAUGCCUGUUUGAGGGGUUUAGGGGACUAUAUCUUUGGAGAAAAGACUUGCAAUCUCUGCCACCCCCACAUGCCAGGCAGCCAUAUUUCUGAAGAUAUGACGUAUCCCUGUCCUUGUCAUGGGAACUCACACCUCUCAGGUAGCAGCUUUCUGAGUGGCAUAUUAUCAUAUUUUGAAUGACCCCUGUUGAUGAAUGCUGCCCUGUGAUGGGCUAUUCAAGAAAAUAAAGAUUUCUUGUUAGUUUUGACUUGGAAUAAACACCUGGCUGGUUGCCACAGGGCUCCUCCUUCUGGUUUCCUGUUCCCUCAGACAGGGAAAGCAGUUUUUUGAGCUAGAGGAAAAGAAAAUUCUAGAGACUUUUUCACAGUUUCUCAAAAGCUUCUAGACAUUUCCUCACAAGGCGUUGUAUGAGGUCACGGAAAUCAACUAAUGUAAAUAAUAGGGACACACAACCCAGGAGAAAGAUGGCCAUGACCUCUGGCUGUCUAGCUUGAGAGCAUUACAAGUCAGAUGUCAGCACACUGGGCAGGCUGCAGUCGGGAACACAAGUGCGCCCAGCAAUGCAAGGGUGUGUUCGUCCCUAGGGGGGUCCCCAUCCAGGCCACCUGUUGAGGGCUGGGAGGCAGAGAAGGGCCCUCCUUCCUUUGUCGAUUUCAAGCCAACUUGUAGUUCUAAUUUUAAGUCAUUCCAAUAACACAAAAUUCACCUUUAGUGGCAGGGUAGAUAACUGAGAAGGUGCUUGCCCUUUAAGGAUGAGGACCUGCAUUUGAUCCCAGCACCCACUUAGGAUGCCAGAUGCAGCGAUAUAUACCUGUAUUCCCAGUGCUGGGGAGGUGGAGACAGGGGGAUCUUUGGGCUUGUUCCCUGUGUGGGGUGGGGGCCUGGCCAAUUUGGCUGGUAAACUCUAGAAUUAUCUGGAGGUACAAGACACUCAGUUUUCCCCCCUUUUAAAAAUGUAUUUAUUCACUUUCCAUCCUUAUCGAAGCCUCCUCCCUCCUUUCUUUCUGGUCCUACGCAGCCACCCUCUACCCUCUCCUUUCCCCCCCCUCCUCAGAAAAAGGGGAGCCCCCCUAAACUGCCCCAGCACUUCAAGUCGAAUCCGGACUAAACACAUCCUCUUCUAUUGAGGCACAACAAGGCAGCUCAGCUAGGGGAAAGUGAUCCAAAAGCAGGUAACAGAGUCCCUGUCAGAGACAGCCCCUACACUAAUUGCUGGGGAACCCUCAUGAAGACCAAGCUGCCCAUCAGCUACAUUUGUGCUGGGGACCUAGGUCCAGUCUGUGCAUGCUCUUUGGUUGGUGAUUUGUUUCUGUAAGCCCCAACCCCCACCCUGUCCUCAGUUAGCUGACUCUGUUGGUCUUCUUGUGGAAUUCUUGUCCCCUCCAGCAACCUCUAUCCUUCCCCCAACUCUUCCACAAGACUGCCUGAGCUCUGCCUGAUGUUUGGCUGUGGGUCUCUGCAUCUGUUUCCAUCAGUUGCUGGGUGAAGCCUCUCAGAGGACAGUUACACUAGGCUCCUUUCUGAAGACAUGGCUGAGUAUCGUUAAUAGUGUCAGGGGUUGGCUCUCUCCCAUGGGGUGGGUCUCAAGCUGGGCCAAUCAUUGGUUGGGCCAUUUCCUCAGUCUCUGCUCUAUCUUUAUCCCUGCACACCUUGUAGGCAGGGUGAAUUUGGAUCGAAGGUUUUAUGGGUGGGUUGGUGUUCCACUCCCUUCAUUGGAAGUCCUGCCUGGGUAUGGGAGGUGUCCUCUUCAGUCUCCAUGUCCCCUGCUCCUAGGAGUCUCACUCAGCAAGAGUCACCCCUAUAUCCUCCCACGAGUCCACCCCAUUUUGGAAGAGUGUUGAUGAUGUCUGAGCUCCUUGCACACACACACACACACACACACACACACACGCACACAGAAACAUUAGUGUUCACUUCAAAGUAGCUGCCUCAGUUCUACAAAGACCUAACUAGCCCCUUCACUGAAAAGAAAGCUAAUAAUCUAAUUCUUCCAGCACCGUGUGUGGAGGGCCCAUUUCAGCAUACCCCCCUACGCUGCGUCCGGGCUUUUGUUAUAUUUUAGUAGGAUUCUGUUCUGUUUUCUGCACCAGCCUACAUUCUCACUGUCCUCACAGCGGUGAGUAUUUUAGUGUUCAAAGUCCGCCCAGAAGAGCUGCAUUCAGAAUCGGACUUAUUCCCAGCGUCCCUCUGGGAUUUCUGGAGACCCGGCAGUGACAAGGCUCCCUUUUACCUGUGGAGAUGCCUCUUUCCUUCUUCUAGCACCAUCUAACGCUUAUCAUUUCGGAGAGCUCCGAACUAUGGGUUCCUGCCUCAGCAGCUAAUCUGUUGUGCGGUGGCCUUCCAGGCAGAAGCUGCCUUCCUGUUGGCAGUUUCCGCGCCGUCCGGCUGUUCCUACCUGGGUAGCUCUAUUGGCAGGUUCCAGGGUGCCGGCGCCCCCUGCUGCAGCCUCGCGGCAUUGCUCGUGUGUGACUCCAAAGAAGCUGGUGACGAGGGCGGAGAAAGGACUGGUACCCUGCAGGGGAGCGUUCUGCUCUCUCGCCGGGGAGCCGGGACUGAGGGAAGUUCUCCUGAACCCAGCGCUUCCGGCCUCUAGUGAGAUGGUAUUCCAGCCUGCAGGGGCUGGGGGUGGGCCGAGCUCUUUUCUCGGCUUCCCUGCCUUUUCCGUACCUACUCCCGAGGGGAACUUUGCAACUCAGUUCCCCACAGAAAAGGCUGGCUGCCCGAAAGAGGGCCCUGCCCCCGCGAGGCUUCUAGAGUCAGGGUCUCUCUGCUUUGGAUAGCACAGUGUCUCCGGAAGACUUCAACUUAGGACAUUUUAAGUGGCAGACGGUGGUGAGAUGCAGACAUUGGCUGCAUGGAAUAUGCCUGUGGGUGAGUGAGUGAGUGUGUGUGUGUGUGUGUGUGUGUGUGUGUGUGUGUGUACCAGGCUUGGGGGGAUGGUGAGUCGGCCUCAAGGAGACAGGAAAUGUGUUGCUCCACACCUCUCAUUCUGCGUUCAGGACCAUCUGGAAACGUGUGGGCCAAGUGCAAAAAUAAAAUUUGUGACCUCCUUGUUCCAAAUGAUUGGGAAUUUCAGUAGUGACAGCAGUGAAGGAGCCGAGUCUGGGCCCUGCUGAGUGUGGGGCUACAACAGCCAGGACCGGCCUUGACUACACUAACUGUGGCAGCGUAGAGCUGGGGUGGUGACACAGCGCCUUCCCUCCCCUCUCCCUCUUUUAUUUUCUUCCCAGUGCUAAGGAUCAAAGCUGGGGCCCCAGGCAUGCUUAGAAAGUGAUGUGUUUUUCAAAACACUAAUCUUUUUCUCUUAAAAGUACAAACAGCCUGGGUUAAAUAAAGCAGGCAGAAUGCUGAAAGCACCCCGAAUAGAUGGGGAAUUAUUAACUGACAGUUGAUAGUGUCCCCGGGUGUGUCAGUGGGUAUCAGGUGCCCUUUGAGCCUUCAAAGCUGGACUCUCUGCUUUGAAAUAAAGCUUUUCUUUUCAGUCAUCACUCGCCCACCAGGGGCUGCUCUUCCUGUUUCUGGUGUCCCAGGGAGGAUUCUAAACUACUUUGAUGGAGAAGAUCCCAGAAAGCUCAGUGUCCUUGCCCUCAGUGACUGGGUGCUUGUUCCUCUGAGCUUCGACUUUCUGGAGAGAAACGGCUGGGGCCGGCUGCCUCUCUGCCCUGGAAGCCUAGUGUCUGAGAGUUUGCUUUUGAGAGGCAGGGUUCUCACAGGCCAGAUUCCCCCACGUGGUGUUAGCAAAGGCUGCUGGGUGUGUAACCUCUGCAUGUUGCUUUGUUGUACAGCUUUGCUUGUGCUGGAUGCUCCAGGCUCUCUGAGGCUCUGUUUGCCUCUUGCAGAUGUAGUCCAGUGUCUAUACACGCAGAGCAAUAAUCCUCCCUGAGUUUCCUGUAAUCCCAUCGGUCCAAGAUGGAGGCAGGAGGAUCAGGAAUCUAAGGCCAAGGCCAGCCUGGGCUACAUGAGACCUUCUUUCAAACUAAAAAUGCAGAAACUCUUUGAAGAAGGGAAAGCUGACAGAAGCCCUGUCAGUCUGUCGUGGCUUUAAGUCACCUAAAAUGAAAGUAGACUGUUUCCAUGGGUCUCCCUGGGGGCACCUGCCCACACUGUGUCAGUACCCAUUUUAAUGGAUGAAUAUUUUGGAAUACACUUCAUCAAUAGACAUCAUCGCUGUCAGAACAUUCUUGAAAGAUCCUUGUUAUUGAUCCUCAACAGUUAGGCACUCAUUCGCCUGGGCAUUUGUUGUUAAUGGCCCCCAAAACCUCAGAUUUGGUCCACAGCAGCCCACAAGCUGAAGUCUUUGUCCUCCUUGCCCCCUGCAUGGCUCCGUGCACACAGGGGAGCAGGCUACCAUUUGCCUGUGUUGUACUGUCUCAACUCAUUAGCUUUGCAGUGUCACAUGUGUCGAUGGUGAACACAGGUGUACAUACCUGUACAGAGGUGAAAAAACUCCACAAAAUGUCCUCAUGUCUGACCAUCAGCUCACAGCUCCCGCGUUCCUGCAUUUUAUGCAGUUUCUAAUGAAAAAAAAAAAUAGAAAUCUGCUCUAUAAUGUGAAAGGAUUGUGCUCUGUAUGUGGUUUGUCAUGAGAUCUCUGCUGUAUGUUUUUGGAAUGAUGAUUGUAUGUAUUCACAGUAUGUAAGAGCUAUGCUGUUCGCUGUUGCGUAAACUUAACAGAUUCUCUAGUCUGAAUAUUUAACUUGUGAUUGUAAAAUGUGAUUUCUCAUUGAGAGACUAUUUUUCUGUAUGUAUAUGAGAGUAUUUUAGGAAUCUAAUUUAAGUGCAUAAACUAAAGAAGAAACUUAAAAAACAUAUUCCAGGAGUAGAAAUGCUUGAUCAGAUAGAUCACUUGGGUUCAACCCAACUAAAUUUUAUUAAAAAAAAACAAAAACAAAUCCAAGUUGAAUGUUUAGGAAUUCAAAAGCGUGAAUUUUUUUUAUGCCUUGCAGGGACAUGGUGUCAAAUGGGUGAAGCCAUGAUAAAAGGGAAGGGAUCCAGUAGCCAUGACCCGGGAUGAGACCAAGUUAUACUCCAGGCUCCUUCACGCUGAUGCCGCCAUAUUCUGAAGACUGAGAGGAAUGGCUUGCCUUCCACCAGGCCUGGCGCCACAGACUGUGGGCCCUACUCAGGGAUGUGGCGUGGUCAGAGAAUUCAGGGAGGCCACGUCCUGCCUCCAACCUCUCUCACCAUUUUGCAGCAGAUAUGGCUGAGCCUGGGUUUUCUAGGCCCAGCUGUUAGGCAGGCAUGACGAACAGGUAGCCCACAGCUUCCUGGAGGCCCAUGGUGAGGCAAGAGGCCAGCCUUCCCUAGUCCAUCCCCUUCCCAGAAAAAUAACAGAAACCCAGGCUGCUUCUGAGCACAGUUCGUCUGUACUUGACCACAGAAAACAUUGAGUCAGGUGACUCAGGGAGGGUUCAUGAAACUCAGUGUUUAACCUCCUCUCCAACCCCCCUCCCCGAGAGUGUCACAUGCGACUUUAGUUAGCGGUGGCCGCCAGCCCAGCUGUACACAGCUGAUCAGAAAUGCCCUUCAGUUAAGAGCUGGUUUCUGGUGCUGGCAGAAUACUGCCCACCGCAGGAAUUCUAGGAAUUAAAAGCACACAGGUGCGCGAGCACUGGUCCAGCACUUUUUUCCAUCCGUGUUGCCUCUUCAUAGUGCUACUAUAGGCUUCCCACUGGUGGAUGCUGAAGUCCAAGAGCUACCCUGACUGCAGAGAUGUGGGCAGCUUGUUGCUGAAUGCCUCAUGGACGCUGCAAAUGUCCUGUAACCGCCCCUAGUCCCACAGAUGGGGCCAUUUAUAGAGCUCUCUGCCCAGAUGUGGACCAGCCAUGUCAGGCCAGCUUGCAGGACUGUGCACAUUCCGGCUUCUCUGUCCACACAGACCCUGCUCCUUCUCUCCUGGAGUGACAGCCUCUGGGCUGGGGUGGCCAAAGGCUGCGAGGAUAAACUGUCUCUUGGCCAGGGUGUCCUAAAUCUGCACGAACAUGGGGCCCUCCCCGAUGGGGUUGGUGAGGUUAGCUAGCCUUUGUGAUCUUUGUAGUGAGAUAUGGCUGGUGGCAUUCGGACCCUUCACAUCCCUGCCCAGGCCACUCCCCUGAUGGAUGUCCUAUUCAUUGUCAUACAUACUUGCUGCUCAAUGACAGCAUUUUUCAUGGAGAUUACAUCAUCUUUAUAACAUUAAUGGAAUUCUAAAAAAAAAUAUAUUAGAAUUCCACAUUUGUCUAAGAUUUGCUGAAGCAAGGAUGCAUAGCUUGUUUGUUUAAAAAGUUUUUUUUUUCUUUUUUCUUUUUCUUUUUUUUUAUGUCAGAACACUCCUUUGGCACCUCAUUAUGUGUGAAAUGUUGUUCUAUCCAGGAGAGCAUUGCCUACUUUUUUUUGUACAGACACAGUAUCAGUAGGAACUUGGUGUGUGCAUCUCCUAAAAAGGACAAUCUCCUCAAACGAUUCUUUGGUCAUUUUGACCUGUACAGUUUAAAUCACGUAGUUCAUGAAUAAAACAAAAACAUCCGACUUCA